AUGUCGUUUCUCAGAAAACACCUCAACAACAUUUCCCAUAGUCCCCUUUCUACCCUCCGCCGUUUCUCAAACCUUACCCCUCCCCCCACCUCCGCCACCUCCUACGACACCCUCGCCGCCAACUUCGCCACCUCCGGCGACUUCACCUCCCUCCACUCCAUCCUCAACAAACGCAUCCAACACGGCUUUUUCAACACCAAACACACCUUCAAUUUCAUCACCAACUCAAACUUCACACCAUCCCUUCUUCAAAACCUCAUCACCACCCUCUCUCGUCUCAAUCCAGGAUUCACGCGCCGUAACGCGUUUGAUUCACUCAUCACGCGCCUCUGUAAGCUUCGCCUCAUCGAGGACGCACUUACUGUAGUCCAAUCCAUGUCGCGUGUGGACGACAUGGAUAAUGAACUUAAAGCAUGUACUUUUCAUCCAAUACUAAGUUUUUUAACUAGAGUUAAGUCACUCGACCAGGCUAAACGCGUGGUCGAGGUAAUGUCUGAACUUGGUGUGCCGUUAGACUUAACGGCACACAAUUAUUUUCUUAUGACUUAUUGUUAUGUUGGUGAUGUGGAAGCGGCGGUUACGGUUUUGAGGACGAUGGAGGAGGAGGGUUUUUGUUUUGAUUCGCGAACUUAUGACGCGCUUGUGUUAGGCGCGUGUAGGAAGAGGAAUGUGGUUGGAGCUAUGGUGUUGGUGAGGAGGAUGGUGGAUGAUGGAGCUCCGAUGUUGUAUUCGACGCAUAUGUUUGUGAUCGAAGCGUUGGUGAAGAGGGAUUUGUUUGAACAAGCUUUGAGUUAUGUGAGGUGUUUUAGUGGGAAAGAUAAGGGUUUGGAUUGUGAGCUUUUUGGUUGUUUGGGUGGGAAGCUUAUGGGGAUGAGUAAGUUGAAAGAGGCUAUGUUGGUUUUGAGGGAAAUGGAUGAAAAGGGUUUGAAAAUGUGUAAGAAUGUGAGAGAGUUUUAUGAUAUGAAUGUUGGAGUUGAAAAUGAUGAUAAAUUGUUGGAGUAG